AUGGCCUCUCAAUUUGAUUCAGUUAUUGCUGAUAUUAUUUCUGAUGCACCAAGUGGUGAAAUUACUGAAAUCUACGAAGAUUUGAUUAAAAUUGUUGGUGAAUCUGCCAAAGAAUCGAUAUUAGAAGCCAUUGAACAAUACAAUAUACGCAAUUGUAUCCCAAUUGAAGUUGAAGGUAAGCAAAUAAUCAUAUCAGAAUAUAACAAGGAUGGUGUAAAGUUCAUUGAUCCGAUAACAGCUAUUUCCUUUUCAGUUGACCAUUUGAACCGUACAGGUUUUGAUAUUGGAUCUAGUGAUAUCAGUUUAAGUUCUGUUCAAGAAGAAAUUGUUAAAAAUUUAAAUGAAUAUACUGCUUCUGAUUUCUCUGGAGAAGUUACUUUUGGUGUCUAUCCAAUCCCUAAUGAAGAAGACAAAACUUCGAUUAUUAUCAGCAGUACCAAAUAUAACGCCUCAAAUUUCUGGAAUGGUGAAUGGAAGUCAAAGUAUAUUUUUGACAGCUCUUCUAACAGUUUGGAAGGUGAAAUUGACGUUGACGUUCAUUUUUAUGAAGAUGGUAACGUCAGUUUCAAAUCUAAUAAAAAAAUUAAUUUGUCUAGUGUUAAUGAUGCUGUUUCUGCAUUAAAAGAGGUAGAAGUUGAAUUCGAAAAAGAAUUAGAUUCAUCUUUCUCUGACCUGAAUGAAAAGCAAUUCAAAUCCUUAAGAAGGAAAUUACCAAUCACUAGAUCUAAGGUCAACUGGGGUAAAGCUAUAGGUAAUUACAGGUUGGGAAAAGACGCAGCACAAGGUAUUACGAAUUAG